GGAGUAAACCGGGAGAGAGAGGUCAAAGUCGACGUAGACGUAGACAUAGUUCAUGUUGUUCACUUUGCUUUCUUCGUGCACCUGUAUAUCAAAAACCAACACCGUGUGUAUUCCUCUCUCUCUCUCUCUCUCCCCGACUUUUGAAUUUUCCCUCAGAUUUGUCUUCCUUUGUAAUCCAUUUUCGCUCUGGAUCGAUCUUCCUACGAUUUGGUCUUCAGAUUGAUCGGUUUCUCAUCGGAAUUCCCGGGGGGGAGUAUAAGCAUAACGAAAAGGAUCAAACUCAGGAUCAACGCGACGGGAGAAUUGGAGAUUUUUUGUUUGCUAGAUCUUGAAUUGAGCGAUCGAAUUGGGUAAUUGGAGGUUUGAAGAGAUCAGAGAAAUGGCAUCUGAGCAGUUGAUGUCUCCCGCCAGUGGUGGUGGACGCUACUUUCAGAUGCAGCCUGAGCAAUUUCCUUCGAUGGUCUCUUCGCUCUUCUCUUUCGCGCCGGCUCCUACGCAGGAGACUAAUCGUAUUUUUGAAGAAUUACCAAAAGCAGUGAUCGUCUCUGUCUCUCGCCCUGAUGCCGGCGAUAUUAGCCCUGUACUCUUGUCUUACACCAUUGAGUGCCAAUACAAGCAGUUCAAGUGGCAGCUUGUGAAGAAAGCAUCUCAAGUCUUUUAUUUGCAUUUUGCAUUGAAGAAACGUGCUUUUAUUGAAGAAAUUCACGAGAAGCAGGAACAGGUUAAAGAAUGGCUUCAAAAUCUAGGAAUAGGGGAUCAUCCACCCGUUGUGCAAGAUGAAGAUGCUGAUGAAGUUCCGCUACAUCAAGAUGAAAGUGCCAAAAAUAGAGAUGUUCCUUCGAGCGCUGCUUUGCCAGUCAUUCGUCCUUUGGGAAGACAGCAGUCCAUAUCAGUUAGAGGAAAGCAUGCAAUGCAAGAAUAUCUGAAUCAUUUUCUGGGGAAUCUUGAUAUCGUCAAUUCACGGGAGGUUUGCAGGUUUUUGGAGGUUUCGAUGUUGUCAUUCUCACCAGAGUAUGGGCCCAAAUUGAAAGAAGACUAUAUCAUGGUAAAACAUCUACCGAAGUUUUCAAAGAGUGAUGAUGAUUCUAAUAGAUGUUGUGGGUGCUGUUGGUUCUGUUGCUGCAACGAUAAUUGGCAAAAGGUGUGGGGGGUACUAAAGCCAGGUUUUCUCGCCUUAUUGGAAGAUCCAUUUGAUGCGAAGCUAUUAGAUAUAAUUGUUUUUGAUGUCCUACCAGUUUCUAAUGGAAAUGAUGGUGUGGAUAUAUCACUAGCAGUAGAACUGAAGGAUCAUAAUCCUUUGCGGCAUGCAUUCAAGGUAACAUCUGGAAACCGGAGUAUAAGAAUAAGGGCAAAGAAUAGUGCAAAAGUUAAAGAUUGGGUGGCUUCUAUUAACGAUGCUGCUCUUAGACCUCCUGAGGGUUGGUGCCAUCCCCAUCGCUUUGGCUCAUAUGCUCCGCCGAGGGGUUUGACGGAUGACGGAAGUCAAGCCCAGUGGUUUGUAGAUGGUGGAGCAGCUUUUGCAGCCAUUGCUGCAGCGAUUGAAAAUGCUAAAUCUGAGAUUUUCAUCUGUGGCUGGUGGGUGUGCCCAGAACUCUAUCUUAGGCGUCCUUUUGACCCGCAUACUUCAUCCAGACUUGAUAACUUGUUGGAGAAUAAAGCUAAGCAAGGAGUUCAGAUAUACAUCCUUAUCUACAAGGAGGUUGCUCUUGCUUUAAAGAUCAACAGUGUAUAUAGCAAACGCAGGCUUCUUGGCAUUCAUGAGAAUGUGCGGGUACUUCGUUAUCCUGAUCAUUUCUCAAGUGGUGUCUACCUCUGGUCUCACCAUGAAAAACUCGUCAUCGUCGAUAAUCAGGUUUGCUUUAUCGGAGGGCUAGACUUGUGUUUUGGCCGAUAUGACACGUUUGAACAUAAAGUUGGAGAUAACCCUUCUGUGACAUGGCCUGGAAAGGACUAUUACAACCCCAGAGAGUCUGAACCCAAUACUUGGGAGGAUGCUCUGAAAGAUGAAUUAGAGCGUAAAAAGCAUCCACGGAUGCCUUGGCAUGAUGUGCAUUGUGCUUUAUGGGGACCACCUUGCCGUGAUGUGGCUAGGCACUUUGUUCAACGCUGGAACUAUGCUAAGAGAAACAAAGCACCAUAUGAGGAUUCAAUUCCGCUUCUUAUGCCUCAACAUCACAUGGUUAUACCCCACUACAUGGGAAGGCAAGAGGAGUCAGACAUUGAAAGCAAGAAAGAGGAAGACAGUAUUAGAGGGAUUAGAAGAGAUGAUUCAUUUUCUUCUAGAUCAUCUUUGCAGGACAUUCCAUUACUUUUGCCUCACGAACCAGUUGAUCAGGAUGGUUCGAGUGGGGGGCAUAAAGAAAAUGGAACAAACAACAGAAAUGGUCCUUUCUCUUUCCGGAAAUCAAAAAUUGAACCAGUUGAUGGAGAUACUCCUAUGAGGGGCUUUGUAGAUGAUCGUAAUGGGCUAGAUCUUCCAGUAGCAAAGCGUGGUUCUAAUGCAAUAGAUUCAGAGUGGUGGGAAACACAAGAUCAUGAUUAUCAGGUUGGGUCGCCAGAUGAGACUGGGCAAGUCGGUCCGAGAACUUCAUGCCGCUGUCAGAUUAUACGAAGUGUCAGUCAGUGGUCUGCCGGUACAAGCCAAGUUGAAGAGAGUAUCCAUUCUGCUUACCGUUCUCUCAUUGACAAAGCUGAACAUUUUAUCUACAUUGAGAAUCAGUUUUUCAUAUCAGGCCUUUCUGGAGAUGACACAGUAAAGAACCGUGUCUUAGAAGCAUUGUACAAGAGGAUUUUGCGUGCCCAUAACGAGAAGAAAAUUUUCAGGGUUGUUGUUGUUAUACCUCUCCUCCCCGGUUUCCAGGGAGGUAUUGACGACAGUGGUGCAGCAUCUGUUAGAGCCAUAAUGCAUUGGCAGUAUCGAACCAUAUACAGAGGACAUAACUCAAUAUUGACUAAUCUUUACAAUACUAUUGGCGUAAAGGCUCAUGAUUAUAUUUCCUUCUAUGGCCUUAGGGCAUAUGGUAAACUUUCUGAGGAUGGACCUGUCGCCACUAGUCAGGUGUAUGUUCACAGUAAAAUCAUGAUAGUUGAUGACCGUGCUGCAUUGAUUGGAUCUGCCAAUAUUAACGACCGGAGUUUGCUUGGCUCAAGAGAUUCUGAGAUUGGAGUACUAAUCGAAGACACAGAGUUAGUAGAUUCUCGCAUGGCAGGAAAACCAUGGAAGGCUGGAAAAUUUUCUUCAAGUCUUAGGCUCUCUUUGUGGUCCGAACACCUUGGACUUCGUACUGGAGAGGUUUGUGUCAUAUUCUCUAUAAUGUUCUUACGAAGUGGUCUAAGAUAUUUCAGUAUAUAGGCAGAUUUAACACUUGAAAAGCCAUGGAAAUUAUUCUUUUACUUAGACUUAAUGAUGAAAGAUGAUCUGAACCACGCCGGCAUGAACUUUCAAUCAAUGGUUAUGACUGAAGAGGAUCUUAAGACUAUAAAUGUGCUUUGAUUACUAAAAUGUGAUCUUUCUUUGUAGAUCGACCAGAUUAUUGAUCCCGUCUCUGAUUCAACCUACAAGGAGAUAUGGAUGGCAACCGCAAAGGUUGGAAACGUGAUUACAGAGAGAAAUUUAUAUUUUCACUUACCAGAUAUAACCAGUGAGCUUAUUUAUCCCAACGCAGACAAACACAAUGAUAUACCAGGAUGUCUUCUCUUGUGUGCCCAAUGAUCUCAUCCAUUCAAGGUACAAUUCCGGUCUAUCUUUUCUUUCUUCACCUUUGGCCACUAUCAUUAUUCCUUUUGAAACGAAAAGAUUCCGGAUUAUGAUUAAUCCAUGGCAUUGGAUCGUAAAAUCUCUUGAAUAUAUACGCAGAAUGGCCUUCAGACAAAGCCUAUCGUAUUGGAAAGAGAAGCUGGGACACACAACGAUCGAUUUGGGAAUAGCACCAGAGAAGCUGGAGUCUUACCACAAUGGAGACAUCAAGAGAAGCGAUCCAAUGGACAGACUAAAGGCGAUAAAAGGACAUCUCGUCUCUUUCCCUUUAGAUUUCAUGUGCAAAGAAGAUCUAAGACCGGUCUUCAAUGAGAGUGAAUACUACGCCUCCCCUCAAGUCUUCCAUUGAGAUCAUUACAUCAAUUCUUGACUGCUGGCUUAUUCAGUGACAGCUCUCUACACGAAGAAUACUUCAUUGCUACCUUUAACCAUUUUCAUCUCAUAUGUUUAUGAGAAAGAAUUAAAGAUGUUUGUAUAGCGAUAUGAUAUGUGCAAACAGAGGAGGAAACUGAGAAGGGAAGCCAUUUUGCUAGUUUUUGGUUUCUCUCUUCCGAGGUAAAGUAAAAAAAGAAAAGAAACAGGUCAUUUUCUAAGUCAAAUAUUGGCUUACUAUCUAUAACAGUGAAUGUGUCACCCCACACAGACACAUAUGAUUUGUAAUUAUGCGAAAAAAGACUGAAUAAUAUAAUGUCGGUGUCGAGAUCCACGAGGUGCCAUGUGAAUAUGAAAAUAUGAUGUGACAAUGAGUUUGGGUCUUAUCUUUGUUUGUCUCUG